GAGAACGAAAAACUGAUCGUGGCAAGAAUAACGGGUUUCGGUCAAACCGGAGAGCUUUCACAACGGUUUGGACGUGAAUUAAAUUAUGUGGCACUGAGUGGUUUGAUGCCAACGUUCGCAGGACACUCGGUGAAACGCUUUCCCUACUGGACUCCAGCAAACAUGUUAGCCGGAUUUGCCGGUGGUAGUCUGAUGGCCGCAUUCGGCAUUCUCGCAGCAAUUCAUCAAAGAAUAAUCAAUGGUGGAAAAGGCUCAAUAAUCGAUGUGAGCAUGGUCGAUGGUUUAGCGUAUUUAGGAAGUUUUCAAACGAUCUACAAGGAUAUCGAUAACGUUUGGAAUAAGCCAUUUUCGUGGUUUUCGGGUGAUUGUCCUGUUUAUAGAUGUUAUGAAACUUCUGACGGGAAAUUCAUGGCCGUUGCAGCGUUGGAGAGGAGAUUCCAUACAAAAAUGUUGCAAGUUUUGGAAGUGAAUAUUCCAGUGAGUGAUAUUUGGACGAAACCGGCCGAAGUUACCGAAAAGCUUGAAGCUGUCUUCAAAACGAAGACCAGAAGAGAAUGGAUGGAAAUUUUCAGAGGUGCGUCGCCAUUACCCUUUGUGCCUGUUCCGUCCUAUCAACCAGCUUCUCAUAUUCUUUCCUUCUGCCAAAAUCUCUUCACAUGA